GGUGCACCGGGUCAGGCAGAGCUGCGAGAGUCCCUCUGGAAUCUGCCUUUGCCUCUGGCUGCAGGUGGGGGGGAGAGGAGCCGGGGGUGGGCAGGACCAUGUGGCUGCCCCUGGCUCUGCUCCUUCUGGGCCUCUCAGGUAGUCUCUCUAUCCAAGCCCCAGAGUUUGUGAGGGCCCCAGAACGGGGUGUGGUGGCAGUGCAGUGUCACUAUAACCAAGGAUGGGAGACCCACAAAAAGUGGUGGUGUCGUGGGGUGACAUGGCAUUCGUGCAAGGUCCUCCUUCAGACCAGAGGGUCAGAGCAAGAGGUGAAGAGGGACCGUGUGUCCAUCAGGGACAGUUGGACAGACCGCACCUUCACCGUGACCAUGACGGGGCUAAGGCAAGAUGACGCAGACACUUACUGGUGUGGGAUCAAGAAAAUUGGAACCGACCUUGGCACCCAAGUUAAAGUGAUUGUUGACCCUGUGGGAAUGGCUCCCUCCCCGGCAAGCUUCUCUUCCAAACCAUUUGUCAUGCCACCUGCCAACACGAAUACAGAGAUGUCCUCUGGCUCCUAUAAAAGGCACAGGAAAGAAACCCUUGAAGAGGGUCACAUCAUGCCAUAUGGAUUGAGGGUCCUCACACCAAAGGGAUUGUCACGUCUCAUGAGGAGAAACAUCCCUGUUUGAGAUCUUCUACCACCUCACACCCACCGCGCACACACACCUCUGGAAUGUCUCCCUGCGAACACCCCUGAGGACUUGUUCUCCGCUCUUUGUUCUAAUGGGUGGGCCCUGAUUCUCAUCAGGAUACAGAACAGGGGAUCCCCUGGUGCCCCACAUGGUACGUGGAGCCUCCCCUCAGCACUGGGACUCUGUAGUUCCCUCUUGAUGCCCUGCAGCCAAAGAGAGACUUCCUCCGACUUUGAACUUAGUUAAGUGCUCUGGCCAAUGGUGGCCCUGAAAAUUCCACAGUGCCCAGAGGAGGGGCAGAGUUCUGCUGGGAGUGAGGCCCAUAGUCCACCAGCUCCAUGGGCACUGCCCCGGUAAACCCUUCCCUGGAUCCAUCCUGAUUCAGGGGUGACACUGCAGCUCUGCGGGAGAGGGAUCAGGAGCCCAGCCCACUGGACUCAACGGGAUGAGGGGCCAUUGGCGAUUGUCAGCAUGUUUCCCGUAUUUCCCUGCUGUUUGUUAAUAUUAAUAUUCAUUGAGUCAUUGUAUUCAUUGGGCCAUAAUAUUCAUUGAGGCCCCUCUUGUCCAUCAUCCUGAAUAUCACCCCACACGCACAUCCUUCUAUCUUCUUAGAAGUGUUUCUGGAAAUACCCGUUGGGUUCCAGUGAAAGCUGACUAGCCAAUCUCAGAGUAUGUCCACUCCCUGCAGCAGAGGAGCAAGGCGAAAAAUCAGUAAGUUAGCCUGUAAAUAAGCCACAGGAGCUGGGAUUGCGUUUUCCAGCAAAUGUUUCCAUUAAGAGCUGGGAGCAGAGGCCUUGUGCCCUUAAAUAGCUGGGGGCAGUGAGGGUUCCUCACACGCUGCUUGUAGCCAGGAGUUAGUGGGAGUGCAGAAGGGCAGAGGACAGGUGUGGGCUGCUCUUUUAAGAGGAAAGCACAACUUCCCUCUUCUCCAUGGGAUCCUCCGCCUAGGCCUUUAUUUCUGAGCAACUGUCCAACCACAGAGGAAGUUCAGAGCCCAGGGCAGCUGAUGGAGGGCGGGAGGGAGAGGCGGCAGGAAGGAGGGCGGGAGGGAGAGGCGACAG